UCCGUUGUUUGCACAUUCGUUUAUGCGCAGAGCGAUCACUACCGCUGUUGGUAGACGAAUCAAAAUGACAUCAAACACAGGAAGCUGUCACAGGGCUCGCUAUGGUGUUUUAGUUUGCGAUAACGCCGAGAAAUGGGGAGGUAUAGCGGGGCUUGGAAAACGAUUUAUUGAUGCUUUCGGAAGCAAUUCUGACUUGGAAGAGUGGCACGUGUUCGCUGCCUGUGAGGGUGAACUGCCCGCAGAAAAGGACUUGUGUACCUAUAAUGGCUUCUUCAUAUCGGGAAGCCCACGUUCCGCAAAUGAUAACAUCAAGUGGAUCAACGAUUUGAAGACAUUUAUUUCCUCUUCGGCGCUAAAUUCCUCGAAGGCUCGUGUGGUGGGUGUUUGCUUUGGCCAUCAGCUAAUUGGCGCUGCUUUAGGUGGGAAAGUAACGGCGAAUCCAUCACAGAAAUUUGUCCUGCAGAGGGAAGAAGUCAAAACAGACAAGAAUUUUCAAGGAAAUGAAGCCAUAAAAAAGAUCAUUGGAAGUGACGAACCUCUGCGUUUGCUCGAAUGUCAUGGAGAAUGUGUUGCAGCCCUCCCCGCUGGAGCUCAAAGUUUAGCUAAGUCAGCAACCUGCCAACAUGAACUGAUUCAAUUUACAGAGAAUAUAUUCGGAAUACAAGCCCAUCCAGAAUUUACUGUACAAGAUUACAAAGAGUUGUUAAUCCCCGAAUUGUUCAAUGCCGGUAAAAUCGAUGAAAACGGUAAGAGACUUUGCGAAGAGUCCAUUGAGCAACCCUUAGAUUCAUCAAAGAUGGCUGCUGCUUUGAAGAAAUUUGUCUCCAAAGAAGAUAAUUAACUGUCUACAGGAACAUCCAUCAAUGAAAAACCUUGAACUGUAUUUGCAUAUUUCUCGUUUUGUGCAAUUUAGAUGCUAUAAAGAUAAGCUUAUACCAUGUAAGGAAACUCCCACAGAGAUUUUAUGACAAGAGGUGUCGGCUAGAAAUCCUACUUAUGAGUAGUGGGUGGGAUGUGAAAUUCAAGAGAACGUCUACUUGACCAAGUUAAUUUUACCACGCUUCCUGUGACACAUUAAUAUGGAGUAAAUAAGAGUGCUGAAAACUAAUUGAAAUGACACAGGCAACACUUUUAUAUAUUUUGACAUAUAAAUUACAUUGAAGUGCUCUUAAGUUCAGAAAACAAUGCUUAUUUCAUACUGCUGUAUGCUACGUCAACCAGUAGCCCCUGGAAAAAAAGAGGCAAAUAAAAUGGGUCCAAAUCUACCAGUUACAACCCACAAACAAGACCUUUUCAACCAGCUGAAGUAAGCAUUUUUGUCAUUUCCUGAGAUGUAUGUUAAAAUAUUAUUUUUAGCAUCAUAAAAUGCCAGCCUUUCAUUGAGUUCUUAACUUCAGGUUGUGUAUGUUGAUGGUUGUUUGUUCUCACAAAUUUCAAUGCACAAAGGACUGUGUAGCUCCUCUUCUUGUCCUAAAACUCUUUCUUGUCUUUCUGAUUUUUAAGUGGAAAACA